UUGCCGCAGUUUUCCUCUCUCUUCUCUCCUUCUCUCUCCUCACGCCACACUUUUCUCAUUCUCUCUCUCGUUCGUUGUUCUGCAACAGUUAACAAUGGCGUCAGCUUCGAAGCAGAACCCUUCUUCUUCAAAACCCCCAAAGCAUCCAUCUCCCGUCACUGCCUCAAUUCCCUCUAAAUCCGGUUUACCAGAAGAAUCCCAAUCUCGAAACCCUAAUAAUAACCCGUCGUCGAGUUCACCGAUUUCGAUGGCGGUGGAGGAUCAGAUCCUGGGACGUUCCACUCACCUCACCCGCCCGGAGCUUCUCCGACGCAGAUCGCACAAUUUAAAGCAGCUAGCUAGAUGCUAUAGAGACCAUUACUGGGCUCUAAUGGAGGAUCUCAAGGCGCAGCAUAGAUAUUACAGCUGGAACUAUGGUGUUAGUCCUUUCAAAGAUGAGAAUCAUCAGCAAAACAAGAGACGUAAGGUAGAAGGAGGAGGAAACACUGGGGAUGAAAUUGAAGGUAGCGGAGACAAUGAUAAUAACAACAACAGCAACGAUGGCGGCGUUAAAAGUGGUAACUGUGUGGCUUGUGGUAGUGGUUGCAAAUCCAAGGCCAUGGCACUCACUAAUUACUGUCAGCUUCAUAUUCUCAUGGAUAAAAAACAGAAGCUUUACACGUCUUGUACUUACGUCAACAAAAGAGCUCAGUCAAAAGCAAUAACUUGUCCAAAACCAACACUUGCAUCGACUGUUCCUGCCCUGUGUAACGUGCACUUCCAGAAAGCACAAAAGGAUGUUGCUCGUGCUUUGAAGGAUGCUGGUCAUAAUGUUUCUUCAGCAAGCAGGCCUCCCCCGAAACUCCAUGACAUAGUAGCCGCAUUUGUGCAUCAUAUUCAAGCAAAAAGAAAAGAUCCACGAAAAGAGGCCAAAUUGAAAAGCUUAGUGAAAGAAGAAAUUACAAGCUAAAAUCAAACAGACAGGAAGCUGUUUGUUUCCACGAUUGUGCAAAAAGGAAGGUUUGUAAUCUCUAUUCAAGCAGUUUAUGUACCUCCAUACCAUUUGACCGACCUUGCUCCUGCAAUGACAUUGACAGAUUGAGCUGUGAGCGGCUUUACAAGGUUACAAUUUACAAGGAGCUUCAUUCAAGCGGGUAGCAACAUUGACUCAGUGGUUUAGUUUAGCCAUCUAGAUAGAGGAUAUCUUUGGAUAUCAUCAGGUGCCAGUAUCUAGGUCUAUAGUAGAAUUCACAAGUCCUAACAGUGUGUUCCUGUGACGAACUUGUUUCAGACAUAGAUAUAGCAGUUGACACUCGAUGUUUUUGGGCUACUGGUAGCUUUCAUGGCUAUGUGAAAAACGAUGUCUUUUGUGUGGUUUCUGCUACGACCUUUCGCUGCUACUCAAUCUAAAUCGAUUUGUUUUUGCA